CUGUUUCUGUCAAAUCAGAUGUUUUAUUUCUUCUUCCCGUUCAACUGAUCUCCAUAUAAAUAGGAAUAAAGAGUAAUCUGGUUAAUAUCGAAAUAAGAUACUGUGUCUAGUAUUGUUUAAGUGAGGAGUCAGCCUCUCCGGUUGGACAUCAAGCGGAAGCUGACCGCUCGGUCGGACCGUGUGAAGAGAGUAGACCUUCGCCCAACUGAACCAUGGAUGGUUGCCAGCCUGUACAAUGGCAGUGUAUGUGUCUGGAACCACGAGACACAGACCCAGGUGAAGACAUUCCAGGUGUGUGACCUGCCUGUCAGAGUGGCUAAGUUUGUGGCCAGGAAGCACUGGGGCAUUGCUGGAGCGAUCCGCGUGUUUAACUACAACACUCUGGAGAGAACUCACAUGUUUGAUGCCCACUCUGAUUACAUCCGCUGCAUCGCAGUCCACCCAACACUACCUUACAUCCUUAGCAGCAGUGAUGACAUGCUUAUCAAGCUGUGGGACUGGGACAGGAAGUGGUUGUGUGGUCAGGUGUUCGAGGGCCACACCCACUAUGUCAUGCAGAUCGUCAUUAACCCUAAAGACAACAACCAGUUCUCCAGUGCCUCCCUGGACAGGACCAUUAAGUUGUGGCAGCUGGGUUCUUCCACCCCUAACUUCACUCUGGAGGGCCAUGAGAAAGGAGUCAACUGUAUCGACUAUUACAGUUGAGGGGUCAAGCCCUACCUUGUAUCAGGAGCUGACGACCAUCUGGUCAAGAUCUGGGACUAUCAGACUGGACAAAUGUCUGGAGCUCCUCAUUAAAACCAACCGGCUGCCAGAGGCUGCAUUCCUGGUCAGAACAUACAUGCCCAGCCAUGUGCCUAGAGUGGUGAAGCUGUGGAAGGAGAGCCUGGGGAAGGAGAGCCUGGGGAAGUUGAACCAGAAGGCAGGUGAUGAGUUGGCCAACCCUACAGACAACAGCAACCUGUUCCCCGGCCUACAGGAGGCCUUCCUGGCCGAAGACUACCUGGAAGAGACAGGCUGAGGCCCGCCACAGAGUACCCUCUCAUCACCAUGAGUAGAUACACACACAUCUUGGGCACAUUGUGCCAAAACUUUUGCAAAUGUUUUCGGGACAUUUUUUUCUGUUUCAUACAAAUUUAACACGACCCUGAUUAAACAUGUUCUUUCCAUCGUUCACUGAACAAAAAUAUAAACACAACACAUAAAGUGUUGGUCCCAUGUUUCAUGAGCUGAAAUAAAAGAUCCCAGAAAUGUUCCAUACCCACAAAAGGCUUAUUUCCCUCAAAUGUUGUGCACAAAUUUGUUUACAUCCCUGUUAGUGAGCAUUUCUCCUUUGCCAAGAUAAUCCAUCCACCUGACAGGUGUGGCAUAUCAAGAAGCUGA